CGCAUUCCAAGAUGUUGCGCCGUGCCAUCCAAAGUUCGCGCAAAGCUGUGCAAGCAGCAUGCUCGAAAGCAGCGCCCAUUGCGUCCACGCGUGCCAUGUCCAGAUUCCAUGGUGUUGCCGCGGCUCGCAGCGCUCCUUGUGGAUUCAUGCAAACACGCGCUUCCGCGGGUUUGCGAUUCAUGUCAUCGAACGCGACCCGACCCGUCAAGUUUGGCGACCAAGUGUCCAUCCUCAUUGAAGGACGCUUGUCCAGUGGCGAGAUCUUUGACGAGAAAGACACGGAGCCACAGAAGUUUAUCGUCGGUGACGCCGAUGUCAUUCCUGGGUUGGAGGAAGGGCUGUUGGGCAUGAUCAAGGGCCAAACGAAGGUGAUUGUCAUUCCUCCGGAGCUUGCGUUUGGACCUGCGGGGGACGAGAGCGACCACGUGCGCAUUUCCAAGGCCGACCUCAACCUCCUCCCAAGUGAAGAAGUGGAUUUGGAAGUGGGCAACUACAUUGGGUUGGACAACGAAGGCGACAUGGCCAAGAUCAUCAACAUCGACGAGGACUCGAUCGUCGUCGACACGAGCCACGACUUGGCGGGAGAGACGCUGCACUUGUCGGUCGAAUUGGUCGGCCACGUGUCGUUGGAGGACUUGGACCCCAGCGAGCGCCUCGUGGUGCCGCAUGAGAUCUCGCCCGGCGACGAAGAAACGUACCCGGAACCAGGUGACACAUUGGCGGUGCACUACGAAGGCUGGUUGACCGACGGCACGCUGUUCGAUUCGUCCCGCAAGCGUGGCAAACCGUUUGAGUUUAUCGUGGGAAAUGGCUUGGUGAUCAAAGGCUGGGACGAAGGCAUGCUCAACAUGAGCAAGGGCGAAAAGGCCAGGCUGUAUAUCCCUGCGGCCAAGGGCUAUGGGGCCCACGGAGCGCCGCCCACGAUUCCCCCCAACUCGGACUUGAUCUUCGAAGUGGAGCUCAUCCAGAUCAAGAAGAACCGUUAAGCCAUGAAUCACGUGAACUUGACUUCCA